CUAAUUCUGUUGCAGACUACCUAGCAAAAUCUAGUGCAGCAAAAGAGAUGGAAGGAGUGUGGAUAACACAUCCACCUAAUGACAUCUCUCGUCUGUUGGGGGAAGAUUAUUUGGGUAGAGCUGCUGUGAGAAAGCUUAGGUUGAGUAGUUGGUUUUUCUUUUAUCCGUGCAGUAAAAAAAAAAAAAAAGACAAAUCCGAAAAAUGAAGAAAUUGUUUCAACGCAAACUUAUCCUUCAAUCAAUAACCGUGUUCAUUCUACUAUGUUUUCAUUUGUUUUGUAGCUUUCCGGUCUUGGGUGACACCCGAAUAUUAUUUUGAUAUUAGAUUCCCCCGAGCUCUCAGAUGCUCUCUAUCCACAAGUUUCCCUACCUUUGGUGAUUUGAUUUGGAAGUAGUUGUAAACGCAACUCAAACUUUUUGCCAUUUUCUCCGAAAUUGGAAACCGCUCGUUAUCAAUCAGGUACCCGAAGGAGCUGGACCUUCUUAAGAUCUUCCUGAAGAAAGGCACAAGUCCUUCAAGUAGUGAUUCUCGGACGGCGAUCAUCUUCUUCAGAAAUCAGGAGAGGAAGAAGACUUAUAGCCAACAAAAAUAUGGAGCAGUUACCAAUGUUCCAUGGGCUUCCACAGAUUCUGUGGUUAAGUUUUAAGACUUGAGCUUCUCUGUUUAAAGGUUGAUAGAGCUGCACCAACUAAACAAGCUUGAAUGUGGUUCAAGUCUUGAUGUUCAGUGCAGCAACAAUAUAUAAAAUCUAGACAUGGCUACAAAUAUAAAAAUCAGAUUUACAGCUCAAGAAUUCACGUGUCCACCAAAAUUUACUCUAGCGAAUUGGGUUUCGGCGACUUUGAAGAACUAUGUUAGUUUCCAAGUGAGAUUAAAUUGUCGGUGAAGGGGAUCAAAGAACAUAAGAGGAGAGACAUGAAGAAGCAUCGAAGGAAAAACCUUCCUCAAGGUAAGAUCAUUUUCGGUACUUCUGGACCACAACAUUGAAUUUGCAAGUGAACUUCAACCUGCUGAGGACUUUAAAGUCAAAGAUUUUGAUUAAUUCUAAGGAGUAAAUCAACAUUAAAAGAGACAAUGAAAAGCUUGGAUCGUUCAUAGUGGACCAACCCUAUAUGUGUCCCAAACAAGGCGGGGAUCAUCUAGCUUCACACCUACAAACUGUACUAUCAAUUGAACCAGAACAAAGCCACCAUCAACUUCGUUAUGGAAUUUCUGUGACAUGAUAAAUGCAUUGCUUCAGGAUCAUCGAAAUCGAUAAAUGAAGGACAGUCUCGUUAAAAAGAUAGGAACAAAUUGUGUAAAUGCGUUUGACGUGGUAGAUUUCUAUCCAUAUAGGAACCAUUACAACUAAUUGUUAAAUACUUUCAGCUCUCUAGCUCAAACUUGAACUAGCUUCUAUUAUUUGCUGUAUUUUUUCUUCGCCUCAUCUGUUCAAGAUAGAAUGUCGCUGCUUCCGCCGAAACCUGUAUUGCCACGACCUCCGCCAAUCCCGCACGUCCCAUUGUCGACUCCUUUGUCGCGUUCAGCUCUAAUUGCGGGUGCAGUACUCCUGGGUAUUGUUGUUAUCUUGGUUGUUUAUCGUGCUAUAAAGAAGGAAAGCGCUGCGGAGAAGGAUUUAAAGGCUUCAAAGGGUAGUGAAGUCACUGUAACUGAGCCACCAUACCAACUCUGGCAGGUUGGUUCAGAAACAAUGGAGAAAUUUAUACUUAAUAUGGCUAGUGAAAAACCCAUUAGAUUUACUACUCAAGAACUUCAUAGUGUUACUAAUAAUUAUGCAACAAGGUUGGGUUCAGGAGGUUUUGGGGUAGUCUACCGAGGACAGUUACCUAAUGGAAUCAAAAUUGCAGUGAAGGUUCUGAAUAAAAGUGAAGACAAGAACGUUGAAGAGCAGUUCAUGGCAGAAGUAGGAACUAUUGGUAGAACUUACCAUAUUAAUCUAGUUAGAUUGUAUGGGUUCUGCUCUGAUCACCAAACAAGUGCACUCAUCUAUGAGUACAUGGAAAAUGGCUCACUCGACAGAUUCUUAUUUAAUAAAGAAGCACUGAAAUUCAAAUGGGAAAAACUCCUAGACAUUGCAAGAGGCACAGCAAAAGGACUUGCUUACCUGCAUGAAGAUUGUCAUCAAAGGAUAAUUCAUUAUGAUAUAAAGCCUGGUAAUGUUCUUCUUGACCAAUAUUUUUUACCCAAAGUUGCAGAUUUUGGACUUGCCAAGCUUUGCAAUAGAGAAAGUACUCAUGUAUCCUUCACUGGGUACAGAGGAACACCGGGUUAUUCAGCUCCGGAGUUUCUUUUACAUAAUUAUCCAAUUACACAUAAAUGUGAUGUUUAUAGCUUUGGGAUGUUGUUGUUUGAGAUGGUGACGAGGCAGAGAAACUUCCAAAGGCGUCCAGUUUCAGAAAUAAUAGACUGGUUUCCGAAGAAAGCUUGGGAAGAGUACGAGAAGGGUCGACUGACAGACUUAAUAUUCCAGAUUGGAAUUGAAGAACAAGAUAAAGUGAAGGCAGAACGAAUGUUCAUGACUGCAUUCUGGUGCGUUCAAGAUUCUCCUGAUUCAAGACCUUUGAUGAGUACUGUAGUGAAGAUGUUGGAAGGUGGAGUUGAAAUUCUCCCCCCAUCAAAUCCAUUUCGAUACCUAUUUGCAUCAAGUCCUACAGAUGUGGUCAUUGAUUCAUACACCACAAGAAGUGAUUCAUCUUGGUACAAGGAUUCAGCACCAAUUAUGAAGAAACAGGACAUACAGAUGACAAGUUCAAGAUGAAGCCAUGAUCUCUUUUUAUUGUUAUGUAAAUGAGACUUUGAGUUUUUAACUAUUAGUUACUAGACAGUAAGUGAUCCAUUCCUAUACGUUUGUUUUCUUGUAAUACACUCUCAUAAUAAAGAAAGCACAAGUCCAUAAGCA